AUGGAGUGGAAUUACAAUUGUAUCCAGACCUGUCACCGGCAACGCUGGCGUACCGACGAGCUAUGCGCCCUCUUACAUGGGCACUAUAAGUCAAUAAAGUCCGAUACUGCUGGAACUUCCCCACUGGACUGCAGGCCACCAAGGACUGCAGGCCAACAAGAUCUCCUACGGGAACUACAGCUACCACUGAUACAAAUGGCCUGGCCCAACCCGAUGGCAUUCUACACCUUCUUCCCGGGGAUGAACCAACCAACUCCCUGCCCCCCGAAAUUGGAGAUUCCGAAUGCGAGGCACCCAGCCAUCAGGACCCGCCCGACCUGUGACGAACGCUCAGGGAGCAGGCAGGGGGUGAAGGCGCGGGGAGUCGGGUCAACAAUGAAACCUGCAUGUAGAGGGCUGAACAGGGGGACCACAGGUAAGUCACCCACCCCCAGGGAGGGAGGGGGCCCACACCAUGAAACCUUGCUGGUGGGGCGAGAUGACAUGCAAACAGGGGCUAUAACCACAUCGACACAGAGGUCUUGA